GAAACAUUUUCAUUAUUUAGACCUAAUAAAAAUACAAUUCAGUUGAUGUUGCCUUCCAAAUACUACUUACUUCUACUCCCAAUUAGGAAUGUAAUACUAGGAAGCAGUCUGGCAGAAACAUAUUUCCUAUAUGUUCAUGAAUUUCAGUGUCAUUAAGGCUUUGAUUCAAAGGUACUUUUUAAGUGUUUCACAUUUUGUUGUUUAUCCUCACAGCAAACCUGUGAUAUAUGUAGAGGGUAAGUCAUAUCUCCAUUGUUUGAGUGUAUUUGAGACCAGAGAUAAAUAACUCUAUUAAAUUGUAAGCAAAUGAAUGAAUAGAAAAACCUCUAGAUUUACCUCUAGAUCAGUAAUUAGUCUUUUUACAGAACUGUUCCUUUAUUAAUGUAUAUAUACUACUGCUUAUCUCUCUGUACCAUGCUUUCGUGAGAGGCAUUUUUUUAAUAAUUUAAUUUUCCUGAACAGUAAUGUUAGUUUGCAGACAGUUUGCUCAUCAUCAGCAUUUUAAUAGACCUUGUUUGGAAGUACCAUUUAAAAAUGUUCUGAUACCUUAAAACAGAAACUAGAAUUCAAUUUUAGACCUUUACAGUCACUUUUGUGGCACUCUUAUAGGUGAAUUACUUUAUCAGAAACUUACAAAACUGAAUUAUAUUCAUUCAGUAUGUUUUGGAUCAAGUUUAAGGCCCAGAUUAAGUAUAUCUGAUUUUUUUAAUGACUAAGUUUUAUUCUAGGUGUUAGCUUUAAGGGAGUAAAAUAUUAAUGCAGCCACUGAAUAAUAGAGAAUGUGUGAUUUUUCAAAGAUAGAUGUAUAGUUUCUUUUAACUUUGCAAAUUAAUAGUUAUUUUUUGUGAACACUUAAGGUAUUCAAAUAAUAUAAAUCCAUGUUUUAAAAAUUAAUUCAGUGACCUUUUCAGAAUGGGGCAUAAAUAAAAUUAAAGGUUCUUUCACUCUCUGGGUUUAGCACUGUGUCCUUACAUAAAUGAAUAUUUGUAUGUGAUAUACUGUUACCACCUUAGUCAGUUGUCAUGAUCUAAGAAUGAGAUGAAAAGAAACUUUCUCAUGCCCUUUAUUCCGUGAGUAAUUGCAGGAGGGGAACGAUUUAUUAUAGUUGAGGGAGAAAGAAGGUCCUCUAUUUAUGUCCCCACAGUUGUAUGGUACAUAAUUUUUGUAUUUUAUAUGUUUAUAAUUUUUUAUUUUAAUCUAGAGACUUGAGGGCUUUAUUUUAUUUUGUCUUUGCUGAAGAAAGGAAAUUAAUUCUAAAGCUGACUUAUUGUGACUCUCAAGGAAUUACCACAUGAAAUAUCCUAGAGUGAAUUGAUGAGCCUUUUCUUUAGAGGCAGGUUUGUUGUUCUUAUUUGGGUUGGUGCUUCCUGUCUUUAAUGUGUCUCAAAACACCAGGGUAAAGUGUAGUUACAGAUAAAAAUCUCUUUUUUUUUUUCAAUUAACCUACGCCAUUCAUAUUAUCAUUAUCUUAAGGUUGUUUUUCUUUGUUUUUUUCGUUGGUUUAUAUUUCCUAUAUUAGAAGUAAGUCAGUUUAGACUUGUCAAAGAAAAUAGGAUUUCUCUUCAUCCUCAAUUCAUGUCCUUCAUACUUCCAAACUACUGUAGUUCUUUUGCAAUCAGUCUAUAAUUAUCAUGAGAUUAACCAGUUUUGUAGUCCAGUAGUGUUACGUUUAUUGUAAUAUUACAAUUUUUACCUGGCAGGCUUACCUUCAACAGACUCAAGAACUGGUUUUACUUGAAACCAUAAUGCUACAAACCCUAGGUAUGUACUGCUGUCAGAUAUUUUUGUGUGUGUUCUUCAGUGCAGUGUUCUAAGUAAAGGAAAAUAAUUCUGGAAUAAUUUUAUCAUUGAAGAAAGUUUAAUUUUUAAACUAGAUUUGGGGGCAGAAUAGUAUUGUCUGGUUAUAAGGAAAUCAUUUUUUAAUUUAUUUCGUUUGGUGUAAUUUAACUGAAUGGUAAAAACCUUCAUUGUGAUAUCUUAUACUUUCAGGUAGUUGAGACACUGUGCUUCACUCUGCAUUUACAUUGGAGAGCAAAGUGGUCCAUUAGGAUUGUAAUGUGUACAAUGAUUGUAAUGUGUACAAGCAUACAUGACAGAGCUUAUAGUCAGUUUUGAGAUCACCAUUGAACACCCACACACAGAUGUGGUGAAAUGUACCCAGUUAGUAAGAGCAAGCAAGGAUUUGGCACAGACAUCCUAUUUCAUGGCUACCAACAGUCUACAUCUUACAACCUUCUGUCUUCAGUACAAACCAACAGUGAUAGCAUGUGUAUGCAUUCAUUUGGCUUGCAAAUGGUCCAACUGGGAGAUUCCUGUGUCAACUGAUGGAAAACAUUGGUGGGAAUAUGUGGAUCCUACAGUUACUCUAGAAUUACUAGAUGAGCUAACACAUGAGUUUCUACAAAUAUUGGAGAAAACGCCUAGUAGGUUGAAGAGGAUUCGAAACUGGAGGGCUAAUCAGGCGGCUAGGAAACCAAAAGUAGAUGGACAAGUAUCAGAAACACCACUUCUUGGUUCAUCUUUGGUCCAGAAUUCCAUUUUAGUAGAUAGUGUUACUGGUGUGCCUACAAACCCAAGUUUUCAGAAACCAUCUACAUCAGCAUUCCCUGCACCAGUACCUCUAAAUUCAGGAAAUAUUUCUGUUCAAGACAGCCAUACACCUGAUAACUUGUCAUUGCUAACACCGGGAAUGCCAAGUACCUCAUACGGUUUGUCAUCACACCAAGAAUGGCCUCAACAUCAAGAAUCAGCAAGGACAGAACAGAUGUAUUCACAGAAACAGGAGGCAUCUUUGUCUGGUAGCCAGUACAACAUCAGCUUCCAGCAAGGACCUUCUGUGUCACUACACACAGGAUUGCAUCACAGACCUGACCGAGGUUCCGAUCAUCCUUCUGUUAAGCAAGAAUAUACUCACAAAGUGGGAGGCAGUAAACACCAUGGGCCACUUUCUGCUACUCCUGGAGUAAUUCCUCAGAAAAUGUCUUUAGAUAAAUAUAGAGAAAAGCGUAAGUUAGAAACCCUUGAUCUGGAUGUUCGAGAACAGUAUGUAGCUGCCCAGGUAGAGCAGCACAAACACAUGCAGCCACAGGCAGCCGGCAGCAGUUCUGUGACUUCUCCCAUUAAAAUGAAAAUUCCCAUCGCAAAUGCUGAAAAACCUGAAAAACACUUGGUAGAAAAGAAGGAAAAGAGUGGAUCGCUGAAACUGCGAAUUCCAAUACCACCAACUGAUAAAAGCGCCAGUAAAGAAGAACUGAAAAUGAAGAUAAAAGUUUCUUCUUCAGAAAGACACAGCUCUUCCGAUGAAGGCAGUGGGAAGAGCAAACAUUCAAGCCCACAUAUCAGCCGAGACCAUAAGGACAAGCACAAGGAGCAUCCCUCAAACCGCCACCACCCCAGCAGUCACAAGCAUUCCCACUCACACACUGGCGGCGGCGGCGGUGGCGGCAAGCACAGUGCUGAAGGAAUGCCUCCUGCUGUUCUGAGGAGUCCUGUUGGCCUGGGCACAGAUGGCAUUUCCUGUAGUUCCAGCUCUUCACGGAAGAAGCUGCAUAUCAAUGAUGCAUCUCACAACCAUCACUCCAAAAUGAGCAAAAGUUCCAAAAGUUCAGGUAGUUCAUCAUGUUCUUCCUCCUCUGUUAAGCAGUAUAUAUCCUCUCACAACUCUGUUUUUAACCAUCCCUUACCCCCUCCUCCCCCUGUCACAUACCAGGUGGGCUACGGACAUCUCAGCACCCUCGUGAAACUGGACAAGAAGCCAGUGGAGACCAACGGUCCUGAUGUCAGUCAUGAGUACAGUACAAACAGCCAGCAUAUGGACUACAAAGACACAUUCGACAUGCUGGACUCGCUGUUAAGUGCCCAAGGAAUGAACAUGUAAUCAUUUGUUUAGGUCAAUUUUUUCUUUACUUUUUUAAUUUAAAAGUUGUUAGAAUGGAAAACUUCCUCCUGAUCUUGCAGUGGUGACACCAGCUGUUGCUGCCACUGCUUCAGUAUUUGUAAGUGCUGCUUUAUUCUUCAUUCUGAAAAGAAGAGAUUAUAGUAAACAGGUCUUUAUCUCCACAUAUGAUAGUGUUAUAAAUACUGUAAAAGCAUGGAAGGUGCAAAACUCAGUAUUGCCACCAUUGCAGCUAAGAACAUUAGAAUGAAUGGCUGGCUGCUCCUAGGAAUAUAUAAGAUGCCUCAAGCAUUAGUUAUUUAUGAUUUGAUACUGUAGCUAUUUUUUGUUGUUGCUUGGCUUUUGAAUGAGUGUAAAUUGUUUUCUUUUGUUUAUUUAUACUUGUAUGUAUGAUUUGCAUGUUUCAGUGAUAAAGGGAUAAAACAGUAUACUGGCAACUGUUUACAAGAAAGUGGAGAAAAAUGUACAUACAUUUUUGUAUGUUUAGAUAUUACCAUAAAUACUCAGGAUUGGAGCUGCUUGUAAGUAUAACAAUAUACAGAAUAACUUUAUUUUAUCUUGUCGUAGUCCAUCACUAAUCUAAAACAACCGUGGCACUUUCUCAUGUUAACCUUAAACUCUAGGCCUUACUGGAAGCCACUGAAGGGGGACACUUCACUAGCAAAUGGGUAUGCAGUGCCGCAAGCGGUCAUGCACACUGUGAGGCCCUGAACUUUUGCCUUCAGAGGUUCUGACCAGGUCGGCUUCUGAAAUAGCCCCUGAUUUUCUGAAGGCUUGAAGAGGAAAAAUAAAGUUUACAUACUCUUGAUGUGAAGUGCAUUUAAAUGUUUGUUGGCUUGUUGCAGUACUAUAAACACAGAGCUGUUAAUCAUUGUUAUGUAGCUGUGAUUUGAAAACUAAAUUCACAAAAACUUACAUAAUGAAGAAUUAGUAAGUUUUUCCUCAAACAACUUUAACACUACAUAUUUCAACAGUAAACAGGGAUCCUUUUUCCUUUAGCAUUCAAAAUAACACCAUAUUCUUAAACAUACUGAAGUUUAAUAUUCUUAAACUCCCAUGUGUGUUUGUGUGUGAUGCUGUAUUUCUUUUUCAGGUAAAUGCAGUCUUCCUUAUAAAAACGAAACCUAUUGUGCUCUCAGUUAUUUUAUAUUCUAACAAUAAAUAAAAAGAAAAGAUCACUGACUGUGCAUUGUACCUGUAUUUAUAGCUUAUGGUUAUUAUCAGGAAGCUCUGUGAGAAGAAAGGUCAGCCUCCAGGUAAACAGCUAGUGGAGGCUUUACAUUUGUUUGCACAUCUCCGUAUAUUACUGUUGAGAUUAAGUUUGCACAGUCAUCUGACUUCUGAACAGACAGUAGACUUUAAUUUCUUUAAAAUUUAUCUUACACGCCAGUAAUAUAGCUCUGGUAUAUCACCUAAUCUUCAGUUUAUUCUGUGGUAAAUCUUUGAGCUGUUAAGUGUCUUUAAGAUGGGUGAAGAUGAAUUCAGCUUCUCUUGAACUGAAAAUUCUUUAAUUUUUCCUCUAUGUAUAUGAAUUAUUUUUGUUACAAAGCCACUGACAUGUGCACAAUUGUAAAUUUACUCGUAUGUUGCAGUUGUAAAUAGUAGAGUUUAAUCUUGUGCUCUACUUUUAUUUAGCAAUUACCUAAUUUGCCAGUAGCUUUAUAAUUAUUUUUAAGGUAAUUGUUCAUUAUUUUUGUCAAUGUUAUUUGAACUUAGGAUACUAGAAGCCUCUUUUUAGGGACUAUGCCUAGAUAGCAUGUCCUAACAUUUGUUUUUGUCCUACAUAACUUUAGUAAUCUUUGUCAGUACAUACAUGUAACUUUGUUGCUCUGUAUGGCAUAUUAUUGUAUCCAUAAACAUGGUAAUUUUUAUACAAUUAUACUUUUACAGUGGUACAUAAUAAUCCAAGGACUUAGUAUAGAGUUAAACUGAGUGCAAGAUGAGGGAGGGUAGGGUUUUUGUUCUUGGUGAUUUAGAUAUAAAACCUCUAAAGAGCUAUCAUGUGAAAUGACAUAGAGUGGUUGUGCUACUGUAUAAUUGGGAGUGAUAAUACCAGGAAUUUUAAUAAGAUUUUGUAAAGAAUAUCCAGAAAAGUAGUGAACUUAUUUUCAGUAUGACAUAGAGAACAAUGUGAAUAUUUAAGGUCUGUGACUAUACUUAAACUUCACUAAGAAUUUGCAGAAUUGUUUUGAGAUGUGAGAAUAAAAGUAAUUUUGUUGAAUCUUUAUUGGUGCUAAUGAUGGACAGUUUAAAAAGGUAGUUAGUGUAUAUUGUUAUGGAUCAGUACUUAUUAGUACUUCCAAAAUUGAAUUUGAAAUGCUAUGUAUUCACUUUUCACUCUGUAAAUGUAAUUCUUUACAAUGAUUUUAUUUAUUAAAGGGCAGCCAGUUGUAAUUUUUACAGGAUUGUGUGAGCUAUUCAAACUAUAACCUCUGAACAGGAUAUUAGCUUCCAAAACCACAGUGGAGAUGUGUAUAUGGAAAUCCUUUUUAAGUUUCAUUUCCAUUAAAUCAAAACCCUUAUAAUUCAUAUACCAUGAAUUUGCUUUAACCAUCUCAUUUGCAUAAAGUCAUUCAUCAGUCUGGUCCCAAUAGGCUCAACCAAAGAAAAAGACUCCAAUGAAUGGACAUUAUUACUGAGUCUUGCGAGUAGCCAUAAAUAAACCAAAAUAGUAUCAAAUUUAGGUAUGAAAUUCCACAUGUGCAACGUACUGUUAAGGUGAUACAUUUUUGAUGAGAUUUUUUUUUAAUAUUUGAAAUAUUAAAAAACAUUAUCUUCAAACAUCCUAUAA